AUCUGACUUUUUAAAACGUUAAACGGGUACUUCAUAACUUAUACUAUAAAUAAAGAAAUGCAUACAAGAUCACGGAACUUUGCUCAAAUAAAUCCAUCUUCUUCUACAUCUUUCGAAUCACCUGUACUUCCUACAGAGAAUAAUCCUAAAGUUCCACUUUCACCUGCGUUCAAUGACACAACAAGUUUUAGCAAUUAUUCUUCCACAACACCGCCCAAUAAUCAUCAAAGAUAUAAGGAUCUUCUGAUAUUCGAAGAGAGACUCAAGCAAAAUUUACAUCAAUUACAAAGACGAAGUUAUAAAUAUGAAGCAUUUUUAGGACUUAAUUGUCUGUUACUUCCGAUUUUAAUAUACGCAGUUUUUUUUUACGAAAGUAAAAAUCCAACUUUUCAAUUUUUCAGUAAAUUAUUCCUCUUCAUUGCUGUUACUACUUUGUUAAUGUUUUUUAUGAAAAAUAUUUAUGCGGAAAAAGUUAGAGUAGCUACAAGAUUUGUACCACAAUGUAAUCGCGUAUUAAGACAAUUUAACAUGCAUUUCAACGCAAGUGGUGGAAAUUUCAAGAAGGAUUUGAAAGAUAUCGUCAAAUGUAUUAUACAAAGAAGAGUCAGAGAGCAAAAGAAAGGGAAGAGAAAGAAAAAGAAAAGGGAAAUGUUAAAGGGAAAGACAAGGAUAUAUGAAGGAGGUGAUGAUGCAUUACUGUAUCUUUAAAUAAUAUUAAAUAAAUGAGAAUUUGGUGAUGGUAAGU